GUGGAUGACUAAAAAAUCUUUGUUUAUAUUUGAAAAGGAAUUUAUUUCUCUACCAGUUCUUCAACAACGCUGUCCAAAUGUCUGAAGAUGGCACUGCAUAAAGGAACAUUGUCGAUAUUUGAGAACAAUGUUGGGAUAAGUGAUGCUGUCCUCUUGGAUCCAAUGACAGAGGAUGCCUUUAUACAAAACCUUAACGAACGAUUUAAUCAUCAGCAAAUUUACACAUAUAUUGGAAAUGUUGUUGUCUCUGUCAACCCGUACCACAAAUUACCUCUCUAUUCCCAUCAUGUGAUUGAGGAGUACCGCUGUAGGAACAUAUAUGAAUUACCAGCUCAUAUAUAUGCAAUAACAGACUAUGCCUACCGGUCAAUGAGAGAUCGUAACUUGGAUCAAUGCAUCAUCAUCUCAGGUGAAAGCGGAGCUGGGAAAACGGAUGCCGGUGUGUGA